GAUGAGGAAGGAACAGCUGCAGCAGAAGACGAGAUUGAGACUGAAAGCGAUAUCCAAGGUAAAGAAAAUCAAGAAAAUAAGAGUGAUGAUGAACGCAACGUUGCAGCAGAAGGAGAGAUAACAUCUGAGGUGGAAGAUAAAUUCCAGGAUGACGUGAAGGAAAAAUGUGAAACCGAAACUGAAGCCAAAGAUGUGUUUGUUUAUGAGGGCGAACCUCAGAAAGUUAAAGACGACAUCGAAAUGAAAUUUGACGAAGAAAACGAAGUGGAUGAAGAAAUAGAAGUGAAAUCUGAGAUUGAAGACAAAAUCCAGAACGAGGUAAACGAAAUGCUCGAAUAUAUUCAUGAAGUAGGAAAGAAGGUUGUGAGCAAUCUGACCGUUGUAGUCGAGGAUUCAGGCGAGUUCGAGAUUGAUGAUGAUGCCAGACAAGUGGCAAAUGGUGCAUCUGAAAUUAAAUUGGGCAUUAGUGGCCACAGCGUCCAAGGGGGAGAGUUCGAAGAGAAUAAGGAGGAGAAAAAAUGUAAGGUUCAAGACGAUGUUGAAGUCGAAGGUGAGGUUAGAAGCGAAGUCGAGGAGGAGGUAGAUGUCGAAGUUAAGAUGAAAAAUCAAGAAGAGGAUUCAAUCCCCGUCGAAUGUGAUGCUGAUAGUAAAGUCAGUCUCAAAAGUGAGAUCGAAAAAGAGAUCGAAUUGAUCGACAAAGAGAAAUGUGAAGACGAAAGUGAGGCUGAGGCUGAGAUUAAGGGCAAAGGAGAGGAGGAAAGCGAGGAUAUUCCCGGCUAUAAAGGAGAAGUAGAUCGAGAGAGCAAGAUCGAUGACGAAGCUGAGGUUUACAUCAAAAGUGAAGAAGACAAAUUUAAGGGCGAGUCUGAAUAUGAAACUGAAGACGAGGGAAGAGUGAAGCAUAUGAUCGAGGGAAAGGGUGAAGGCGAAGAUGAAGGGAACAAAGAGUUGGAUCAAGUUGCAUUGUCAAACGAAAAAUACGCCGAGCAGUACAUAGAGAUGCCUUGGUCCGAAACUGGGACCGAAAGUCCCAGUGACAUUGAAGAAAAAGACAAAGAAAUGGAAGGCGACACCAAAGGAGAAAAAGAAAGUUCGGCAUCGUCAACACAGCGACAAGAAUCAAAAGAUUCCAAUGUGUUGAAAGGUGUAUCAUUGGAAGUUCUAGACGAAACCUCAACAGGAAAAGGAGAUGGCAUAGAUACUCAACCCUCAGGUUCCUGGAGUAAUAGUCCACGUGAAAUACUACCACAUGAAAGAGAAGAUGUAGACACCGAUGUUCCAAAGGGUUUCCCAAGACGUGUCAGUGAAACGCCAUCAGAUCAAAGAGGAGACCAAUAUACUGUUGUUUCACAAAGUUUCCAAGAUGAAACCUUAACCCGCAUAAGAUCCGAUACAAGUAUUGAGGAGUCUCAGACUUUCCCAAGGAAAAGUGAAACCACAUUAGACCAAAGAGAAAGUAUCGUUGAAGCAUCACGGCACAGAAAAGAACAUGAAGGUGCCGAAGCAUCCCAACAGUCCCCGAGGCAAAGUGUAGGCGAAACCUGUAUUCUAGACACCGAGGAGCACGUGUGCGGGAGGAUCGAGAUGUCCAACUCACUCUCGAGCUUUAGACGCCAGAUAGAAAGUCAGGUUUUAAAAGAACUCACAAGUUCUCUCGAAGAACCAACCUCUGAACCUGAACAUAGUACGGUGCAGACGUCAUCGACGAUCCCUAGCUCCUGUGACCAGAUUGACCCUUCUGAGUACAAUCGAGAGCAGCAAUAUGGCGUGAAGCUCCCAAGUGUCCAUGGGGGCAAAGGUAAGAAAACUAUGCCCAAAGCAAGACCAUCGGCUGCCAGAACUUUGCUUGAUGACACCAGUCAUCUUUACAUUGACGAGAUACGCGAACUUGUCCGCAACCUUGGCUACAGUCAUCAGUUUAUACUUGCCCUGACUGGUUCCCGUCUACACAGAAAUGAGCCGAAGAACACCUUACGUGUCACUCAUCUCUACAAGUCGCCUUCACCAAGAAAACGAGAGGAUCCCAUUUAUCCUAAAGUUGCUGUUAACCCUUGGAAGAGGACCUUACUGCAGCUCAAACGAAACCAGCUACCACUGGAAUCCCAAUAUCCUCACGAACCAGCCUCGGCCUACAUCAGGAGGAAGACGCCGCCGAAGAUAGUCAGCCGAGGACUCUUACCGCCCCUCCGACAGGGACAAUACUUGAUACAGCAAUGUGUGGACAAUUGUAAAUGUCGCAAUUCUAAGGACGAGUGCUCUCAUCUGGCUAACCAGUGUAGUAAUUGGAAUCCCGAGCAUUUAGAGAUUUCUUGUGAUGACUUGGUGCAGAACAUUCUGAUGUAUCAGAUCCCGGAAGUGCGCAGACUCCAGGAUAACUUCCUGUUUCUCUACAACAGCGCUUCUUCAGAAAACACCGCCAAUCCUCAGAAAAAUAGAAAAACCAAAUCUCAACGACGAACAAUUUCUCCUAAAUUGCCGCCUUUCAAGAACUAAGAUAAAUAUAUGAAAACCAUUGAUAGCUGUAACACCAAGGAAAAUUAAAACGACUUAACUGAAA